CCUUUCCCCCCUUGCCUUUUCAAUUACAAUGCCUCUCGAUUAGCCCACAAGUUUACAGCGGGAGGAGGUUACUACAAUCCCUUCUCCCUUCCAGGUAGGGCAGAAUGCUGGGCAUGUACGUGCCGGACAGGUUCGCCCUGAAGUCAUCUAAAAUUCAAGACGGGAUGGGGCUCUUUACGGCCCGGAGAGUGAAAAAGGGAGAAAAGUUUGGACCAUUUGCAGGAGAAAAGCGAAUGCCUCAGGAACUAGAUGAAAACACAGACUGCAGGCUGAUGUGGGAGGUUCGUGGAAACAAAGGUGAAGUGCUUUAUGUUCUGGAUGCUAGCAAUCCAAGGCAUUCUAACUGGUUGCGUUUUGUACAUGAAGCACCAUCUCAAGAACAAAAGAAUCUGGCUGCUAUCCAGGAAGGAGAAAACAUUUUCUACCUAGCUGUUGAGGAUAUUGAAACAGAUACCGAGCUCUUGAUUGGUUACCUUGAUAGUGACAUGGAAGAAGUGGAGGAAGAAGAGGAAGAAGAAGUCAUUAUUAACCAGGAAGAAGAGGAUAGCAACAACAGUAAUGGCAGUCAUAAGGAAUUGCAACAAACAAAUGAAAAAGAUUCUUUUACCUGUAAAGAGGACCAUGCUUGUCCAAACUGUGAAUCCAGUUUUGCAAGCCAGGAAAUAUUAGCUGAACACCUUCAGACAUUGCAUCAAAAGCCCAGUGAAGAAAAAGAAUUCAAAUGCAGGAAUUGUGGAAAGAAAUUCCCAGUAAAGCAAGCUUUACAGAGGCAUGUUCUUCAGUGCACAGAAAAUGUGAAUCCAGGAAAUUGUUCAAGAAGUUUUCAGUGUUCUGUUUGCAACACAUCCUUCAGCUCAGAACUGAGUUUUGAACAACACAAAGAAGCCUGCCGAGGUGAUACUAGGUUCGUAUGCAAGGCUGACAGCUGUGGGAAGCGGUUCAAGAGUAAGGAUGCCCUGAAAAAGCACAAGGAAAAUGUUCACACUGGAAACUCUAGGAAAAGGCUGAUGUGCUCAGUAUGCAAUAAGAGAUGUUCUUCAGCAACAAAUCUCCAAGAGCAUCGAAAGGUUCAUGAAAUAGUUGAGUGUCAAGAAUGUGACAAGAAAUUUAUUUCAGCCAAUCAGCUAAAACGCCAUAUGAUAACUCACUCAGAAAAACGCCCCUACACCUGCGAGGUUUGCAAUAAGUCCUUCAAACGACUUGAUCAAGUGACUGCACACAAAAUAAUACACAGUGAAGAUAAACCCUAUAAAUGCAAGCUUUGUGGAAAGGGAUUUGCCCACAGAAAUGUUUACAAGAAUCACAAGAAGACACAUUCUGAAGAAAGACCAUUUCAGUGUGAGGAAUGCAAAGCUCUAUUCCGAACACCUUUCUCUCUGCAGAGACAUCUUCUAAUUCAUAACAGUGAAAGAACAUUUAAGUGUGAUCACUGUGAUGCUACAUUCAAAAGGAAGGACACUCUGAAUGUUCACAUACAAGUUGUUCAUGAUGGCCAUAAGAAAUAUAAAUGUGAUCUGUGUGACAAAGCCUUUGUGACACCGUCCGUUCUAAAGAGCCAUAAAAAAACUCACACAGGUGAAAAAGAGAAGAUUUGUCCAUAUUGUGGGCAGAAGUUUGCAAGCAAUGGAACUCUGAGAGUACAUAUUCGAAGUCAUACAGGUGAACGCCCUUAUCAGUGCCCCUACUGUGACAAAGCUUUCAGCAAGAAUGAUGGAUUAAAAAUGCACAUUCGUACUCAUACAAGAGAAAAGCCUUACCAGUGUUCUGAGUGCAACAAGGCUUUCAGUCAGAAACGUGGCCUCGACGAACACACGCGGACACACACAGGAGAGAAGCCAUUCCAAUGCGAUGUUUGUGACUUGUCAUUCAGCCUCAAGAAAAUGCUGAUCCGGCACAAGCUGACUCACAAUCCCAAUCGGCCCAUGGCUGAAUGCCAGCUAUGCCACAAAAAGUUCACAAGAAAUGACUACCUCAAAGUGCACAUGGAAAACGUCCAUGGAGAAACUGACAGCUAAUUUUGGCUUAAGACAGUGCCUAGUGUUUCCUUUGGAAGCUUCUGACUCCAGACUUCAAUAUGAUUCCAAGACACAUAUAUUUAAAAGAACCUGAAGUGUGUCCAUGUAGACACUUUUCUUGGAUUUUCAGUUCAAAGUAAUAAGGUCAGUGAGAUGAGAAUGAAAAUAACUCAUGUCAUGGUGAAUCAAAACAUUAUUUUUAAUUGGGAAGAUUAUCACUGAAAUCUGUUAUAAUUCUGUCACAGUUAAUAUUUUUUUCUCUAUUUCCAUAGUAAAACUUUAAUUAUAACUUCAGUCCAAAGCACACUUGGGCUCAAAGUAAAGUCAGUUACUAUCAAUAUGUAGCAUGUAGCUACGUAUCUCAAUAGAAUCUAUUUUUUAGUUAUGCAUCUGGGGAAGGGAGCAUAUAGUUUUGAUUCUUGCUGUUGAGUAAAGAAAAGCUUAUUUCCCAUGACCUCAUCCAUCCCAUAUUCAUUCUUUAGAGAAAGCAGGGCACAGGGCUUUCAGCAUGACAUGGUUUUUGAAGGAUGAUAGACAACUGAGAUUAGGACAGAUCUGGUCAAAGGCCUAACCAGUUUGUUAGCACUGCUCUGUUUGGUCACCCUGAUUUCCUUGAAGGGGGAAGUUGUGGUGGACAAAAGUAAGAGCUGUGUUUUGUAGAUGCCCCAGCUGAAGCAUCUGCAAGCAGCUGUCUUUAUGGCCACUUAGUAUCCAUCCCAAAGAUUAAAAUGAUAAGAUGGUAAUGAUCAACAAGACUGAGAUGUAGUAUCUCCAGGAUAGGCUGCUUCAGAGAGCUCCUGUUUAUUUGCUCAUGCCGUGCUCAAAGGAACCAGGGCACAGAUUCAGUUCUUUGUUCUGAUGCUGGAAUAAAUUCACUGGAAAACCCUAGGCUAGUUUUUCUCAAUUUGGCACUCUCAGAUUUGUCAUAUUAAGAUUGGGAAUUCUGUUGGCUGUGAAUUCUGAGAAUUAUAGUUUACUAUAUCAAAAAAUUCAGAUUAAGGAUGAUUCUUCUAAACAUUUUCCCAUUCCUGUUGAGCAAGGCUUUUUAAAUGGCCUGGAUUUA